CCGGACCAUAAAUCGAUUUAUUCAAUAAUUUUGAAAAAUUCUGUUAUUUAUGAAAUCAGUAUCACUGGUACCUAAACGAAUCCUCCUCUUUAAUUUAUUCCAAGUAGAUUACUAUGGGUCGUGUUAGAACUAAGACUGUCAAGAAGGCUUCUCGUGUCCUCAUUGAAAAGUACUAUCCCCGUCUCACUCUUGACUUCCAAGUCAACAAGAAGAUCCUUGAUGAAGUCUCCAUUAUCCAAUCUAAGCGUCUUCGUAACAAGAUUGCUGGUUUCACCACUCACUUGAUGAAGCGUAUUUCUCGCGGUCCCGUUCGUGGUAUCUCCUUCAAGUUGCAAGAAGAAGAACGUGAACGUCGUGAUAACUAUGUUCCCGAAUUCUCUGCCUUGGAUACCUCUGUUAUUGAGGUUGAUCCUGAAACCAAGGAUCUCCUUAAGGCUAUCAACUUCGAGAACUUGCCCGGUGUUCAAGUCACUAACCCCAUUGCUGUUCAAGCUGAUGUUCGUCGUGGUCGUCGUGAUAACCGUUCUCGUGCCCCUCGUGCUCAAGCUGAAGCUUCUGCUUAAAUUAUUUUUUUUAAACAGAAAUAAAUUUAUAAUUUCACAUAAACAUUA